AGUAAAAAACACCUCAAAACCAUUGCUCCACUGUGUAUGCGCAAGCGCUGCGCUGCAGAGCCGCAUGAAGACAAACAAACCACUUCCUCGAAGUUGAUGCUCACAUGACUUCAGCACAGCACAGAUGUCUACUAUAGCUCUGACUCUCUUUUGUGCCUUAAUAUGUUGUUCCGUGACAGAAAAGCUAUCAAAUGCAUCUCCAAACAUUAUCAUCAUGCUCAUGGAUGAUAUGGGUUGGGGGGACUUGGGGGUGAAUGGCCAGCCCUCUAAAGAGACCCCCAACCUGGAUGCCAUGGCUGCUCAGGGUAUGCUGCUUCCAAAUUUCUACACUGCCAACCCACUCUGUUCCCCAUCCAGAGCUGCACUUCUCACCGGGAGGCUGCCUGUCAGAAACGGUUUCUACACCACAAAUGCCCACGCCAGAAAUGCAUACACACCACAGGAGAUAGUGGGAGGAAUCUCUAAGGAUGAGAUUUUGAUUCCCCAGAUGCUGAAGAAAAAGGGCUACGUCAGCAAGAUAGUUGGCAAAUGGCAUCUGGGCCACAGACCGCAGUACCUACCUCUGGAGAACGGUUUUGAUGAAUGGUUUGGUGCACCAGACUGCCACUUUGGCCCUUACAACAGCAGCAUCAGACCCAACAUCCCCGUCUACAACAACUCCGAGAUGCUUGGCAGAUACUAUGAGGAGUUUAAGAUUGACAGGAAGACCGGAGAGUCCAACCUCACAGAUAUGUACAUGAUGCAAGGUCUUGGCUUCAUACUCCGUCAGACUCUGGCCCAGCGGCCCUUCUUCCUCUACUGGGCACCCGACGCCACUCACGCCCCUGUCUAUGCCUCCAAGCGCUUCCUAGGGAAGAGCCAGCGAGGCCGGUAUGGUGAUGCAGUGAUGGAGCUCGACUACAGCGUCGGUCAGAUCUUGUCGUUGCUGCAGAAUCUGGGCAUUGCAAAUAAUACCUUUGUCUUCUUCACCUCAGACAACGGAGCUGCUCUGAUUUCUGGCCCAAACGAAGGUGGGAGCAACGGGCCGUUCCUCUGCGGGAAGCAGACCACCUUUGAAGGAGGCAUGAGGGAGCCUGCCAUUGCCUGGUGGCCUGGACACAUCAAAGGAGGCACGGUGAAUUUCCAGUUGGCCAAUGUGAUGGACCUGUUCACCACCAGUCUGGCUCUGGCCGGCAUCAGCCCUCCCGAUGACAGAGCCCUGGAUGGACUGGACCUGACACCAAUCCUGCUAAAUGAUUCACACACACUCCAAAACAGACCAAUCUUCUAUUACCGUGGGAAUGAGCUGAUGGCUGUGAGGCUUGGACAAUACAAGGCACACUACUGGACCUGGAGCAACUCAUGGGAAGAGUUGAAAAACGGCAUCAACUUCUGUCCAGGUCAAGAGGUCCCGGGUGUGACUACUCAUGACCAGAAAGAGCACACAAUGCAGCCAAUCAUUUUCCACCUGGGGCGAGAUCCUGGGGAAAAGUUCCCCAUCAGUGUUUUGACAAAGGAGUACCAUGAUGUGCUGAGCAGGAUCUCUCCAGUUGUGGAGCUGCAUAAGAAGACUCUGGUGCCGGGUGUUCCCCAGCUCAACAUGUGUGACCUGGCGGUGAUGAAUUGGGCCCCCGCAGGCUGUGAGAAGUUAGGAAAGUGUCUCAAAGGGCCCAAGUCUAUGCCCUGGAAGUGUGACUGGCCACACUGAGACGAUAUGGGGAACCGAAACCUGAAGAUGUGCCUUUUCUACAGAACAACAAACAACUUUAUUAUGUAAAAGGAUGUGCUUUUGAUUUAUUUGUAAACUGAUUUAUGUAUAGUGUUAAACAGAAGGACACAGGGUAAAACCAAGGGAAUAACGUUGGUAUAACAACAUUAUAUUGAUUAUGCAAACAGCUUUUUACAGCUGUGAUUUUAAUGAGCCAACGCGAGCAGAGUUCUACCUGUUCACUGCAUCAAGAGCCACUGGUUUAAGUCAGGUCUCUGGACUCUCAGGAUUGUAUAAUGAUGUAGAGCAGAUAAGGAAAUUAUUUCGAUCAUACCUAAUGUAAUGAUUAUACCAAUGUUGGAUUAUUGGAUUAAUUAUGUAUUCUUGUUACAAGCAUAAUCCAAAACAAGUGUUUUUUAAUAAAAAAAGUUAUUUUUAA